GAAAUAGACUAGAACUCACCCAUGCCUCCCUUCCUCCCCAGUACUUUCCCAGUUCCAAGUCUAUUCCCUCCUCUGUUUAUGGUCCAAAGUCCUGGCGUUGGUGAUGCCAGGUUCAGCAUGCUCAGACACACAGGGGCCCUGGAUGGACCCUGUCCCCUCCCCUCCCAUUAUCCAGGGCUGUCCACCUGGUUCUUCAGGCUUCAGCCCCCUCCUUAGCCUGGGCUCUUCGUGGUGCUGAGGGACCUUCAGUCCUGCCCCAGUGCUAUCAUGACAAAGGAUUAUCAAGAUUUCCAGCACUUGGACAAUGAGAACGACCACCAUCAACUCCAGAGAGGGCCACCUCCGGCUCCAAGGCUCUUGCAGCGACUCUGCUCUGGAUUCCGCCUCUUCCUGCUUUCCCUGGGCCUCAGCAUCCUGUUGCUGGUGGUUGUCUGUGUGAUCACAUCCCAAAAUUCCCAACUCCGGGAAGAUCUGCGGGUUCUAAGGCAGAAUUUCAGCAACUUUACCGUGAGCACUGAGGACCAGGUCAAGGCCCUGACCACCCAGGGAGAGAGAGUGGGAAGAAAGAUGAAGUCAGUCGAGUCACAGCUGGAAAAACAUCAGGAGGAUCUGAGGGAAGACCACUCUAGAUUGCUACUGCAUGUGAAGCAGUUAGUGUCUGACGUGCGAAGCUUGAGCUGCCAGAUGGCCGCACUUCGGGGCAAUGGCUCUGAAAGGAUCUGCUGCCCCAUCAACUGGGUGGAGUAUGAAGGCAGCUGCUACUGGUUCUCCAGCUCUGUGAAGCCUUGGACGGAAGCUGACAAGUACUGCCAGCUGGAGAGCGCCCACCUGGUGGUGGUGACGUCCUGGGAGGAGCAGAGAUUCGUCCAGCAACACAUGGGCCCCUUAAACACUUGGAUUGGCCUAACUGACCAGAAUGGACCCUGGAAAUGGGUGGAUGGGACAGACUAUGAGACAGGCUACAAGAACUGGAGACCAGGGCAGCCAGAUGACUGGUACGGACAUGGGCUUGGAGGGGGUGAGGACUGUGCCCACUUCACCAACGAUGGCCACUGGAAUGAUGACGUCUGCAGGAGGCCCUACCGCUGGGUCUGUGAGACAGAGUUGGGCAAGGCCAAUUAGGAGCCUCCAUUCCCCUGAUUUAUUUCCUGAGUGCCUUGAGCUGUGAGGCUUAGAGUUGGGAGGUCCUACUCAAGGGUCUCCCCAUCUUUGGGAACUUUCAUCUAGGAUUUUAAGGGGCUGAUGAAGAAUGGUGUUUGAGGAAUGUGGUAUGAUGCCUGGUGGUGGUGGUGGUGGUUAUUGGAACCCAUGACACUUUGUGCAGUGUGCAGCUUACUACUGCCAACUUGUUUUCGAGAGUAAAAGAAGGAAGAUAAACAUUC